AUGCCCCCCGGUGGACUCCCAGCCAGCCUGGUCGCAGGUAAUCCCAGCGGCCGUCCCACCGUCGACACCUCUGGCUACGGGGCUAGCUAUACGAAAAACACACCCACAUCUCCCGAAGAUAGUUUGAUUCCAUUCGAGUCACCGUCAACACGAACGGCAGGCCCAAGCCCCAUCAGUCCGGCGAACCAGGAGGAUGGUGGCCGCUCCAGUCGUGGUCUGGGUCCUGACCAGGCCGGCUUCCGCGACCGCUCCGCACCCCGAGAUCGCUCGCGAGUAAACGGGCGUCAAAAUAAGUCUCCAGGUGGUUCAUCGCGACUGUGUCAAAAGUGCGGCGAAACUCUCACUGGCCAGUUUGUUCGAGCACUAGGGGGAACUUUUCAUCUAGAGUGUUUCAAGUGCGAAGACUGUGGCGAGAUCGUUGCUUCGAAGUUUUUCCCCGUCGAUUCAGAAGAUUCAAGCUGCCAGUUUCCGCUUUGUGAAACCGAUUACUUUAGACGACUGGGUCUCUUAUGCCAUGAGUGCGGCGGCGCACUACGCGGAUCAUACAUUACAGCGUUAGACCGGAAGUAUCAUAUUGAACACUUCACCUGUUCCGUUUGCCCGACCGUCUUUGGUGCGCAGGACUCUUACUAUGAACACGAGAGCAAGGUCUACUGCCACUUUCACUACUCAACCCAGUUUGCCCAGCGGUGCCAUGGAUGUCAUACAGCAAUCCUGAAACAGUUUGUCGAAAUCUUCCGCAACGGUCAAAAUCAACAUUGGCACCCCGAAUGUUAUAUGAUUCACAAGUUCUGGAAUGUCCGGUUAUCCCCUGCCGGUCAAACAUGGGAGCCUCCGCCCGUAGAUGAGGAUGCCAGCGAAGAUGAGCGCAAGCAUAUUCGCGACGAAGAAGAUUUAAUGGAAGAGAAGGUCUUCAAUAUUUGGAACACCCUUUCUACCUUUGAAGAAUCAUCCGCCGCUUGCAUCUCAGACAUGCUACUCCAUGUGAGUAACGGCGCUUACAUCGAUGGUGUUCUCGUAGCAAAGCGCUUCAUCGAACAUGUGGAAAUCCUCUUCGGUGCAGUCGAUCAGUUGGCAGACUACAUCAAAUCCCACGAGUUAAAAGGUAAGUCCCGCGCGGCUGGUUUUAUAUCAUCCGGGGCGAUCGCUGAUUAUUCCAAACCAGAACUUUCCUAUGGCCGCGAAGCCAAACUUCUUUGCAAAAAGAUUGUCGCUUUCUUCGCCCUUCUAUCGAAAACCCAGGAAACUGGGGUACGCAAACUUGGCGUCACCCAGGAACUCCUGUCUCUGGUGACUGGUCUCGCUCAUUACCUCAAACUCCUUAUCCGCAUCGGUCUACAAGGUGCACUGAAACUUGAACGCGAGAAGUCUGCGCCAGAUGGUUUACAAAACUUCCUGGAGCGUCUCCGUGAUCUGGAGUCAUUAGCAGACGAGGAUGACGAUACGCCAGUCGACCUGAUGGCUGGAGUGGAAGGCUUGGCCGAUCAACUUUCAGAUUGCUGCAUUGCCUGUAAAGAACCAAUUGACGACGAAUGUGUUCAGUUGGGACAGAGUCGUUGGCACAUCAAGCCGCCUCAUCUUUCAUGCAAAUCAUGUGAGAAGGACUUAACCGCUGAUUUCCAAGACGCAUUGUGGAGCGGCAGCGAGGAGAAAGUCUACUGCGGCGCUUGCGCCCGCCAGAUGAAACUUGGCCCCACCGUGAAGGGUGGUUUCACUCCAGUUUCAAAAUUGCAGCAAUUCGUUUUCUUGCUGAAAGUGGCACUCGCACGGCUUCUCGCCGUACUGCAAUCCGGGGGAACCUUGCCUCAUACCUCAGACGACCCCAACCUUAAUGAUUACGACAACAAUGACGGCUAUCGAGUCACGUCCCAGGUUCGCCGGGCAAACACACGCUCCCAGUCAUAUGGCGGUUCCUCGCGAGAUGGCCUCGAAGAAACAUCGCUCGAGCAGACCGUUGGCGAGAUGCGUCGGCUGCGCUCUAUUCGAAAUGAGCGAACCCUAUCCACAACGUACAAACGAGCCCGCGCAUCCAGAAUCAUUGAUGGACCAGAAGGCAGAAGUGCUCGACCAGGGUCAUCUGGCAAUGAUGGCAGUGACCCGAGGAGCCACGGUUUCCAGAUUGUCGAAGAACGGGAUGCCAAUGGCGAACCCGUUACUGAUCUGACUUUCGGGGCUCAGGAUGCUUUGACGCUAGAUGACAUCCCCCGCAUUGUUGCGGCCGAGCAAGCCAAGGAGCAGCGACCUAAUGCCUACAGGCAUGCUGGUACAAAGCUCAUUGGGGGAACCGAGAUGCCCAGAUAUAACCAGGGUCACCAGCGGGGAGUAUCGUGUGGAAAUAUGGAAGCGAUGAUGGAGCCAACCCGAACCAAGCGGUACUUCUCAGAACUAACUGCUUUGGAAUAUUUCAUCGUUCGCCACGUUGCUGUACUCCAAAUGGAACCGUUGGUCGAGGGCUAUUUCACCAUGGAGGAGCUCCUUUCUCUUAUCGAGUCGCGCAAGCCUACCAUAUGGAACAUCUUUGGCCGUGCCUUCAAGGAUAACAAGAAGGGUAAUAAGAAGAAGGGUGUCUUUGGUGUCAGUUUAGACUAUUUGGUCGAGAAGGAAGGCACAGAGUCAAGUCACGGUGUUGGUCCUGGUGCGCUCCGCAUCCCGACGCUAGUUGAUGAUUCUGUCUGCGCUAUGCGGCAGAUGGACAUGUCUGUGGAGGGUGUCUUCCGAAAGAACGGAAACAUCCGCCGAUUGAAGGACACCGCAGAGCUAAUCGACACCAAGUACGAGCAAGUUGAUCUGACAAAGGAAACUCCCGUGCAGAUUGCAGCUCUUUUGAAGAAGUUCCUCCGUGAAAUGCCCGAUCCUCUCUUGACUUUCAAGCUGCAUAGACUGUUUGUCAUCUCACAAAAAAUGGAUGACACAGAGAAACAGAGGCGACUACUUCACUUGACAUGCUGUCUGCUUCCCAAAGCCCAUCGUGAUACGAUGGAAGUCCUGUUUGCCUUCUUAAACUGGACUUCAUCCUUCUCACAUGUGGAUGAAGAGUCUGGAAGCAAGAUGGACGUCCACAAUCUUGCGACUGUGAUCACGCCCAAUAUCCUCUACCCCAAUGUCAAAAACAGCACAGUGGAGGAGAGCUUCUUGGCCAUCGAGGCUGUUAAUGCCCUGAUCACGUACAACGAUGCAUUCUGCGAAAUUCCAGAAGACCUACAAUCGGUCUUGGGUGAUCCAACUCUCUUUAGGGAGAAUGCCGAAGUGACAACCAAGGAAAUCCUCAAACGAUAUGGCGACAUUGGUCGAGGCAGCUUUGCACAGCGACCGGAGAACGGUGGCGAGACAUUCACCAUCACCACCCCCAACCGAAACAAUAGCACUCCAGCUUCCGCGCGUAUUGAGACCGAUCCAUCUCAGGAUGCAGCUUGGCAGAUGCAAAGCUCGGUUCGCCAUGUGGUCGGGCCCAGCGGACACGCACACUCGUCCAGCACUAACAUCCAGGCCGGACUUGAUUUCGGUCCUCCUCCCCCAGCAGCGUAUCGCCGUGACCGUAGCACCAGCAACGGGAGCCAGCCAAUCGCAGGGGCACCUGAUGGUCAACCAUCCAAUGUGGCUUAUAGGCCGCGCCCGAAUGCGGGUGCCAUGGGUGUUACUGGGUAG